UACAUUUCCCGGCAUGCCCCAGGGGGCGGUUCGCACGCGUGGCAGGGCGCGGCGGGAGGGGAGCGGAGCGGGACAGGGACGCGGCCAUGGAUGCGUGUGAGGGGCGGCCGCAGCCCCACCUGGCCGCGCUGGUGCUGGCGCGGGGCGGCAGCAAAGGGAUCCCGCUGAAGAACAUCAAGCUGCUGGCGGGGGUGCCGCUCAUCGGCUGGGUGCUGCGCGCCGCCAUCGAUGCCGGCGUCUUCCACAGCAUAUGGGUUUCCACAGACCACGAUGAGAUCGAGAAGGUUGCGAAGCAGUUUGGUGCUCAGGUCCAUCGCAGAAGCCCUGAAGUCUCUCAAGACUCCUCAACUUCCCUGGAAGCCAUCACAGAGUUUCUCAAUCAUCAUCAUGAGGUUGAUAUUGUAGGAAAUAUUCAAGCAACAUCUCCCUGUUUACAUCCCAGUGACCUUAUAAAGGUGGCAGAUAUGAUCCAGAAGGAGGGGUUUGAUUCUGUCUUCUCUGUUGUGAGGAGGCAUCAAUUCAGAUGGAGUGAGGUAAAGAAAGGAGAAAACAAGAUGACAGAGCCCCAAAACCUGAAUCCAGCAAAGCGGUACCGCAGGCAAGACUGGCCUGGGGAGCUCUAUGAAAAUGGCUCAUUUUAUUUUGCCAAGAGGCAUCUGAUUGAGAAAGGCUAUCUGCAGGGUGGUAAAAUGGCCUACUAUGAAAUGCGUGCAGAGCACAGUGUGGAUAUUGACAUAGACAUUGACUGGCCUAUUGCAGAGCAGAGAGUGUUGAGCUUUGGAUAUUUUGGCAAAGAGCCACUAAAAGAGGUGAAGCUCUUGGUUUGCAGUAUUGAUGGAUGCCUGACCAAUGGUCGAAUUUAUGUGACAGAAGAUCACAAGGAAAUGGUCUCCUACGAUUACAGGGAUAUUGUUGGCAUUGAUCUGUUACAUAAAAGAGGAAUCCAGGUUCGACUCAUCUCUGACAGAGAUUGUUCAAAAACUCUGUCAGCCAUGCAGCUGGGAUGUGUAGCAAAAGUGAGUGUAACAAAUAAACUACAGGUUCUGAAGGACUGGCAGGAAGACAUGGGUUUGAGCUGGAAAGAGGUGGCUUACUUAGGAAAUGAGGAGUCUGACGUGGAGUGCCUGAAGCAGGCAGGCAUGAGUGGUGUGCCUGCUGAUGCCUGUGCUGCUGCUCAGAAGGCUGCUGGCUACAUCUGUAAGAGCAGAGGUGGCUGUGGAGCUGUGCGGGAGUUUGCAGAACACAUAUUCCUGCUCUUAGAGAAAGUGAACUCUGCAAGGAAGCAGCUGGAAGAAAUCAGCUCUGUGGGAAUCCAGGACUUCCCUCUCGCUGCCCUGGAAGGUCUGGGACCCUGGCAGGGGGUCAGAAACCCCCCUGUACAGAGCCCCCAGAGACACUGUCUGUGAUCUCUGUCCAUGAAAAAGAGUUUUCAAUCUUACACGAUGAAUUACAAGCUCUGAGUGUGUGAUAAGAGUAAUAAUUGAGUGUGGCACGGGUGCAAAAGUAAAAUUUUAGGUUUCUAGAUUAGGGGUUCAAGGGGGACAAUAUGGAGGAAAUUGGGUGUGCCUUGUCCUUUUUCUCCUUCUUCAUGCCCUCCAUGUUUCACUGUGGUGUUGGCAUUUUUCUAUUGGUUCAGGCUGGGGACACACUGUUCAACGUAGGUGACAGAUAUUGGCACAUUAUUGUAAAUACAGCACAGGUAGUUUGUGGUAUUUAAUGUUUGUAACAUCCCACUGAGGGCAGAGCCCCACACGCUGCCCUGCAGGACAGAGCUGCGGCAGGGCAGUAGAACAUGUUAGAGAUAAACAGAAUAAACAACCUUGAAACCAGCACAGACAAAUGAUGGCUUCUUCUUUGGCAGUGGGGCAGAGAGACAGAGACUUUCUACAAUCUCGGAAUCAUCAAUACCUGCAGAUUCCGACACAGCUCAGCAGGGAAGGAAAUGGGAAGAAAUGAGAACAGCAGGAAAGGAAAUAAGGAACUGAUGGAAAAAGAGUAAUGCCGUUGGUCAGUCCUGCUUUUCUUCCCCAGUACAUCCGUAUUCCAAAGGAAUGUUUGCCUUUCAAAUUUUACAGCAUAGUAGAGGUAAAAAGGUGUCUCCCCCUAACUCCAGGUCCCACAUUCAUGAUUAUAUGCUGAAAAUAUGAUCAUACCCAUGAUGAUUUUAAAAGCCAUUUAAAUGCAAUGGGAGGCAUGCUACAAGAGAGAGUACCCUGUAAAUCUGCCCUUAAUCAUCACACCUGUCCUACAGGAAUAAUGCAUUUUUAUUUCAUAAUCUGAAUGUUUUCAGGGAUCAAUGAUUUUGCAUGACUUGGAGAUUUGCAAUUCAGGCUUAAAAAACCCAAAACGUUUGCCAGUUCUGCUCAUAUGGUUUGCAUUUCUUUUAUCAAAUGCGUGGUGUUUUGGUUGUGUGAUUGCAUUUUACAGGCUUUGUCCUUAGCUAAGAAGAGUUUUAACAUAUGCUGGAGACCUCAGGUGUAAAGUACUUAUCAAUAAAACUUCCCCCUGUGUUUUUAAAAUAGAACACAGUUACUGUAAAACAAGUUAAUAUUCAUUUUAAAAAGCACUUUAACAUGUGUUCGGUUUGAAGCUCAUAAAUAAUUAAAUCAGAUUUGGAAUUGUGCCUCUUGGAAUCUGUUUAUUUUGGUUGUUAUUGUAGUGCCUAAAUUAAUAUUUUGCCAAAUUUGGAGUUAAAUUUCCCAUUGUCUUUGAGAUCUUUGCAGAAACUCAGUCUCUUUCUAUGAUGACUAUAUUGCAACCUCAAAUGAGUUAAAGCCAAAGAAAAAUUUUAAAGUUUAUUGUAUGGAAAAGUAGCUGCUGUUAAAAAAAAAAAAAAGCCACCAAACCAUAUAUAUAAUAUAUAUAUACAGACUACUUCUAGCAUGUUAAAACUGGUUUACAUUCUUGUAUUUAUUGAAGUAGGAUUUGUAUUGUACAUUACAAAUACAAUAGUAUAUAUCAGAGUCAAGUUCUGUUUUGUGUUAUGCUAAAAAAUAAAAAUACCCGUGGUUCGCAGGCAAUUACAAGUGAGGUGAAUAAUAAUGGCUUGUCAUUUUAUUUUGUUUCUCUGCUAAAUAUUGAAUUGUAUAAAUAGUUAUACUCCCAGUAUAUCACAUGAAAUAUUGGCCUCUGAUAAACUUUGUGUUUACUUCCUUUCACAAAGCAAAAUGUUGAACUGAAAUGAUUUACUGCCUAUCUACAGUUAACAGAUAAAACAGUUUAUUGUACUAA